AAGUGGCUAAGCAGUCGCACAAAUAUCCCAGCGGUGGCGUGUGUGUAUAAAUAACCCACCCAUAAAUCCUUUCAUUCUAAAACCCUGUCAUUUCAUUUCAUUCAGUGAGAACCUUUCUCAAACACCAUGAGUGCAUUCCCGAACGGUUCCAACUCGAACCUCGACAACCUCCUCCUCCAAACCAUGAUGGGCAGGCUCCAGCUGCGAGCUCCGAUAAACAACCCCUUGGUCACACAGUCCCUCGAGGACUUCCUAUUAACCGAUCUCGGCGACGACGACGACGACAACGAGGGCGAGGAAACCUUCGAGGGACAGUCGGAGCUCGCGAGAGAGGAGGCCAAGCUAGAAAGGGAAGUCAUCAAGAUCAUCCUCAGCGGAAACGGAGAGUCUGUUCUCAUGCCCAAUUCGGGGCAGGCCGUGUCGGUUCGCGACCACCACAUAUGCGUGGGGUUUCAAGACGAAGAGGGUUCUGGGUAUCGCGUGUGGGAGUGGCAUGGCCACAUCAUGGCUUUUGAUGAGGAAUUUGGGUACAAUCCUGAGUAUAUAUACGGUAAUUACUUUCAGUGGUUUAAGGCUAGACCUUUUUCUGUUGCUGCUGUUGCCGAUGCUAGGGCUGAUGUUGAGAAAGAGGAAGAAGAAGAGGAGGAAAAACUGGAAAAUCAGGGUUUGAGGGAGUUGAUUGAUAGCAAGGAUUCCGCGGAUGCUCGCAUUCUUCACAGGAACAUCAACGCUGCUUCUCCAAGGUUGUUCAUUUUUUUUAUGGCAAACCUUGUUAAUGGGGCGAUUGAUUGCUUGAAUGGGGUAUAAGCGAGCCACACAUUCAUAAAAGUACUCCUGGCACAAGGUUUUUCUAUGUCAAUCUGAAAUGUUGGUUAGGUUUUUUCUCUCCCUGAUUUCAUAUGCAUAAUGGGUGUGUGUUUGACUGAGCGGUUCUAAAAUUGAUUUUGAAUGGAGUGUGUAUCUCAAUGAGGGUUUAUAAAAUGGAUUUUAAAUGAGAUUGAUUUUGGUUAAAUUUGAUUUUGAAAUAGUGUGAUUUAUGUUUGAUUUUUUAUUUUAUUUUAAAACGAAGUUACUAGUAAGUAUAAAGUUUAUUAUCCAGCGCAAAAGCUAGUUAAAAUUGUUUGAACUCAAAAUUAAUUUUGGACUCGGACUCAAUAGUCCUCAACGUGAAACCAAACACAUGAAUAAUCACCUAAAAAUUACUUUAGCACAUUAGCUGGUAUCUCAACGUGAAUCCAAAUAUGCACUGCAAAUGGCAAAUUUUAGUCUUUUAGAUGGUGUCUGCUGGGAGCAAAAUUGCUAAUUGUUUCAGUGAACAUAGGAGAUGAUUUAACCAAUGCCUGGAUUAUAGUGUUGGUCCUUCUGGUUUCACCCAAAGUUGAUUUUGACCUUCCUUAUUUCAAUUAUAAUAGUGUCUUCCCAAGAGUUUUGAAAUUGAUGUAAGUUGUUGUUGAUGCGACUGUAUCUUUGUUGAGAUGGCUGUUUUAAAUAAUUCUGCAUCACAAUACCCUUUUGACAUUCCUUUAUGUGAUUUUUCGUAGUGUUAUGUUGUGCUUUAUUAAAGCGACAUCAUUUUUUACAGUUUUCCCUGAAUGCAACUGUGGAAACUUUUUAUCAUUUUUAAUUUUUUAUUACCCGUUUGACUUGUCUCAUGUUUU